AUGCCGCGGGCCUCCAGCUCGCUCCCCAGGGAGUCCCCCCUGAGGCCCUCCCGGCCCCCCCCCAGCCCGGGACCUGCAGUGGAUCCCCAAGGCACCCUAUGCCCCAUCGCCAUGAGCCUCCAACCUCUACUCCUUCCCCCUGCAGCCUGGCAGCAGCCUUUCCUCAACGUCUUUAGACACUUCAAGGUGGAUGAGUGGAAGCGGUCGACCAAGGAGGGCGAUGUGGCAGUGGUGACGGAUAAGACCCUGAAGGGCUCUGUGUACCGUAUCCGGGGCGCCGUGUCUGCCAGCAACUACCUCCAGCUCCCCAAGAUCAGCACUCAGUCCCUGGGGCUGACGGGGCGCUACCUGUACGUGCUCUUCCGGCCCCUGCCCACCAAACACUUCGUCAUCCAUCUGGACGUGUCCACUGAGGACAACCAGGUCAUCCGGGUGUCCUUCUCCAACCUUUUCAAGGAGUUCAAGUCCACAGCCACCUGGCUUCAGUUCCCCUUCAUCUGCCAGGCUCAGCCAUCCAGGCCAGCAGACUCGAUGCCCCCCAGCACCCGUUGGACCUGUCUACAGCUAGACCUGCAGGACAUCCUGCUGGUCUACCUGAACAGGCGCUUCCGGCACCUCAAGAGCGUACGGCUUGGUGCCAGCUUACUGGUCAGGAACCUGUACACCAGCGACCUGUGCUUCGACCCUGCUGUGACCACGUCUGAAGCUAGGCGCGAUAAGCUGGCCGUCACUCCCGUGCCCCGAGAAAUGGCGUUCCCAGUGCCGAAGGGGGAACGCUGGCAUGACCGCUAUGCUCACAUCCGGUUUCCGAGGGACAGCCCUAGAGAGCCCUGGGAUCCUGGGCUGAAGAGUGGCUUUGCUCCUGACCCAGGCCUCCCAUGGCCAAUGACACAGCACGGCCCACGUGUGGCUGCCGGCAGCAAAGCCCUGCAAGGAGACCUGUGCACAGUGGUCCAGCUCCCCAGCCCCGCUGCUCCCUGCCAGGCCCCCUCGAUGCCAGGGCCCCGCCCCCAGGUCAGCCCAUUGUGCCGGCUCCCAGCCACUGUGGCUCAGCCAGGAUGUGGUGAUGGCAUCCACGUGUUUGCCCGGUCACUGGAUGUGGCGCCUGUGGCCCUGGAGAAUGUUGGCGUUCAGGAGGUUGACCGCCGGAAGCAGAGUAGACAGGAGGCACCUCCAAGCAAGAAGUCCCCUCAGCGAAGGAGCUUCCUGCCAGACCCAGUCCUGAGACUCAGAGGCGUCAUCGGCUUCGGGGGUCAUACCACCAGAUGGGCCCUGUGGACCAAGGACGGGGCCUCUGUGGUAUACCCAUGUCACGCGGUCAUCGUGGUCCUUCGGCUGGAGACCAGUGAGCAGCGUUUCUUCCUCGGCCACACAGCCAAGGUCUCAGCCCUAGCGCUGGAUGGGCGUGACUCGCUGCUGGCCUCGGCCCAGGCGCAGCCCCAAAGCAUGGUGUGGCUGUGGGAUUUCCCAACGGGGGGCUGCCUAGCCAUGUUCCGGAGCUCUAUCCACAGCGUCAACAUCCUCAGCUUCUCUGCUAGUGGGGCGGUCCUAUGCGGCGUGGGCAAGGAUGGCCACGGGAGGACGAUGGUGGUGACUUGGGGUACUGACCGGGUGGGUCGCGAUGGCGAGGUGGUCGUCCUGGCGAAGGUACACACCAAUGUGGACAUCCAGUCCUGGGCAGUCGCCACUGAUGACAUCAGGAUGGCAUCUUGUGGGCAGAGAAGUGUGCGGCUCUGGCGGCUGCGUGGAGGGGCGUUGCACUCUAGCUCCGUGAACCUGGGGGAGCACCACGGGCUACACUUCACCGACCUCACCUUUGAUUGCCGCGCGGACAGGCCACUCACGCUCUAUGUGUGCAGUCGGAGUGGUCACAUUCUGGAGGUGGGCAUCCAGGGCAUGGCUGUGCUGCAUGCCCGCCGCCUGUUGCCCACGGAGCCCCCAGGCAGCCCCCACUUGGAAAAGCCCACCUUUACCUCAGGCCCCGGAGUCGCCAUCAGUAGCCUCAGUGUCUCCCUGGCCACCUGUGCUGUGGGCUCCGAGGAUGGCUACCUGCGUCUCUGGCCCCUGGAUUUCUCUGCUGUCCUCCUGGAGGCAGAGCAUGAGGGGCCCGUCAGCUGCGUCCGCGUCAGUCCUGAUGGCCUGCGUGUGCUGUCCUCCACCAUCACGGGCCACCUUGGCUUCCUGGACGUGGCUUCCCGCGAGUACUGUGUGCUGGCCCGCUCGCACACCGCCUCCCUGCUGGCCUGUGCCACGGGGCCCAGCCGGCAGCUUGCCACGGUGGCCAGGGAUAACGCUAUAUGCAUCUGGGACCUGGCGACCCUGCAGCAGCUGUAUGAGCUCAGGCCCCCCGAGGAGUCCCCGAGCGCUGUGGCCUUUCACCCCAUGCAGCAGACCCUGUUCUGUGGCUUUCAUAGCGGCGCGGUGCGCUCUGUCAGCCUGGCCACCACGGGGGGUGCGCUGGUGGAGCACAGGCGGCACGGGGGAGCCAUCACUGGUCUGGCCACCACUCCAGACGGCCGCUUCCUGUUCAGCACCUGCUCUCAGGGCGUCCUGACCCAGUACGACUGUGCAGGACCCCAGUGCUCCGUCCUCCGAGUGGCAGGGAACAUGACGUGCCAGGAGGCCAGGCCGAACCCCAACACCCUGGCGGUCAGCAGGGACAGCCACCUGCUGGCCAUUGUGGGCCCCUCCAAGUACACAGUGACCAUCCUGGGCACAGCCUCCCUGUAUGAGCUGCUCCGGGUGGACGUCAGCACCCUGGAGCCAACUGGCAGCCCGCUGGACUCCACCGUGGCCGUCCUCUUCGGGCCCCCUCCCACCAGCCACCUCCUUGUGUCCAUCUCCGCUGCCAAAGUCCUGGUUCUGGAUGCCCAGUCGGGGCGCACCAUCCGGGAGCUCUCCAGUGUCCACCCUGUGGCCUCCUCCUCCCUGGCUCUGAGCCAGGAUGCCCAGUUCCUGGUGACAGCUGGAAACCGAGCCAUCAAGGUGUGGGACUCACCGCUGCAGGAGCAUCCUGGCUGCCAGGUGUUCAUCGGGCACUCGGAGCCUGUGCUGGACUUGGCCUUCACCCCCGACCACAGGCAGCUCCUAAGCGUGGGGGACACCAUCUUUCUCUGGGACAUCCUGUCCCCCUCUGAGAGGAGGCCCAGGGCCAGCGGCCGAAGCGCAGCCUGGGAGGCUGGGCCCGGCGUUGGACAGCAGGAAGAUAUAGCUUCUGGGGCCCAGGGGUUCCCCCGGUGCCAGGUACCCAUGCCGUCCCAGGCCCCACGCCCUCAGCAGGCCACUGGGGCCUCGACCCCCAACAGCAGUGAUGGCGUGUCUUCUGUGUCAGAUGAGGAGGGACCCAGCGAGGAGGAGCCCUCCUCAAAGCCCCCACAGACUCCAGACCUUCGAGGGCUGCUAGAGAAGGGAGCUGGGGGGGACAGGCCAAGGAGGGGCCCAGGGGCUGAACCCACCUGCCCCUCCAGCCGGCCAGCAGGUGCCAGCAACCCUGGAGCGGCCUACGUCCCACCCACCACCUGCCCUGACACCUAUACACACUUUGUGGCCAGCUUUAAGACUUCCCAGCACCCCAAGAGCACGUCCCUUCCUCCGGCUGGCGUGGAACAGCUGCGCCUGAAAGGAGUCGUGGGUUACAACGGGAACGGGCGAGCCAACAUGGUGUGGAGGCCGGACACAGGCUUCUUCGCCUACUCGUGCGGCUGCCUGUUGGUGGUGGAGGACCUGCACUCGGGCUCCCAGCAGCACUGGCUCGGCCACCCCGAGGAGGUGUCCACGAUGGCACUCAGCCACAAUGCCCAGGCCCUGGCCUCGGCUUCCGUCCGAGGCCGUUCGGCCGCCCACUGCGAGAUCCGGGUUUGGGACACGUUUACUGGCGCCUGCCGCGGGCUCAUCUCCCAUCACGACUCCGCGGUCCAGGCCCUGGCCUUCUCACCAGAUGACAAGCUCCUGGUCACCCUGGGGAACUUUGCCGACUGCACCCUUGCCCUGUGGAGCAUGGCCACCUACCAACUUGUGACAUCCACGCGCCUCCCGGAGCCGGUGCACGGCGUGGCCUUCGCCCCUGGGGAGGCAGCCCAGUUUGCCUGUGUGGGCCGGGGCGCCACCACCUUCUGGUUCCUGCAGCAGCAAGGGGCAGACAUUUGCCUCCAGGCACACCAGGAGCCACUGCCUGCCGAGGUGGGGGCCUGCGAGCUGACUGCGCUGUGCUUCGGCCCCCCUCCUCUGCUCUACUGUGGCUCCAGCGCCGGCCAGGUCUGUGUCUGGGACACACUUUCCGGCGGCUGCUUCCUCACGUGGGCUGCGGAUGACGGCGAGAUCGGCGUGCUUGUGGGCUCUGAGUCACGCCUGGUCAGUGGCAGCAACACACGGCUGCUGCGGCUGUGGGCUGUGGGGGCCAUGCCUGAGCUGAGGCUGAAGGGCUCCGGUGCCAGGUCCAGCACUGUGGUCCUGGAGCACCAGGUGACCCUGGACGGGGCCGUGGUGAGCGCUGCUUUCGACAGCCGCAUGGACAUGGGCAUUGUUGGCACCACAGCGGGCACGCUCUGGUACAUCAACUGGGCCCAGGGAGCCAGCACCCGCCUCGUGAGCGGUCACCAGAGCAAGGUGAACGAGGUGGCCUUCAGCCCCGACGAGUCCCACUGGGCCACCUGCGGUGAGGACGGGAGCGUGCGGGUAUGGUCACUGGUCAGCAUGGAGCUGGCCAUCCAGUUCCAGGUGCUCAACCAGAGCUGCCUCUGCUUGGCCUGGAGCCCCCUGCCCUGCAGACAGCAGGGGCCACAGCGGCUCGUGGCUGGCUAUAGCGAUGGCACCCUGCGAGUCUUCAGCGUCUCUCGGACGGAGCUGGAGCUCAAGAUGCGGCCCCACCCAUGUGCUCUGACGGCAGUGGCCUUCUCUGCUGACGGUCAGACAGUUCUCUCUGGGGACAAGGAAGGCCUGGUGGCUGUGAGCCACCCCCGCACGGGGAUGACCAUCCGAGUGCUGCGGGACCAGCAGGGUGCUCCCAUCUGUGCCAUCCAGAGCAGACUCAAAGAGCACCGAGACUUUGGGGUGCCGGGCACGGACCUGUGGCUGGCCGCCAGCGGGGAUCAGCGUGUCAGCGUCUGGGCAGCCGCCUGGCAGGAGGACAUAUGCGAGCUGGUGGAUUGGCUGAGCUUCCCGGCGCCUGUGCCCACACAGCCAGGCACUCCCCCACCGCCCUCCCUUGCUGUCUUCUGCCCCUGGGACGCUGACCUGAUGGUGUGUGCCGGCUUCGGCCCCCAGCCCCAGCUAGUGCUGUACAGUCUUCGCCAGAAGCAGGUGCUGGAGACCAUCCCUCUGCCCCUCUUCGCUGUGUCCCUGAGCCCAUGCCCAGGAUCCCACCUUGUGGCUGUUGGCUUUGCUGAGCGCCUGCUGAGGCUGGUGGACUGCACUUCGGGGACAGGGCAGGACUUCGAGGGCCACAAUGAUGAGGUGCACCUGUGCCGCUUCGCCCCGUCCUCGAGGCUGCUCUUCACGGCCUCCCACAAGGAGAUCUUGGUGUGGACCGUCUCAGCGGCCGGGGGCUUUGGCCAGGCAACAGCCGGGGAACGAUCCUGAGGGCCUCACCAAGACCUGCUGCUGUGCACUUGGGUCUGAGAAUGGCGGGUGGGGCUGCUCACCUGGGGUCUUCGUUCCUCCACGUGUACCUUGUAAAUAAACAUACUUGCUACACCCAC